CAUCGCAGCGCCAUCGUCACGCACACCAACGUUAGCUUCACUCAAUAGCUUUGGUUCUAAGCAAAGAACUUACGUUGAUUCUAGAACUCAAACUGACCGAAUGUGGCGGUUAAACAAAGUUCGGCACAAAGCUGGUCGCCAUGGCGACAGUUUGGAGGAGCUCAAAUUAAAGAGGCGAGAGCAUGAGAAAGCACUGAGACAAGCCCGCAGAGACAGGCAGCUUGUGAGCAAGAGACUCCUGCUUAAUGACGAUGAGGACCAUCCAGAGGUCACCAUGGACACCAGCUCGGGAGAACAGGACGUGGUCAGUUUGUUCACCAAACUUCAACACAGUGGGCCAGAGAGAGAGGCCCACCUGAAAGCUUUAAGUAAAGUUCUCCGCGACCCAUCAGCACAGCUCACCUUCAUCAAGCAGGAGAAUAGCAUGCAUCUCCUGGUUGGUCUCCUCACUGGCUCUGAUGCUACUUGCCGUCUGCAGGCUGUUCGCUGCCUUCAUGAGCUGUCUCACUCUCCCCACACCAACGUGGCACCAGCCUGUCUGCCUGCCGCCCCCUACCUGCUCACCUACCUGUCAGGCCAGAGCACCAAAUUCACUGAGCUGUGUCUGUACACGCUUGGUAAUUUAUGCCCUGACAGCGAUAUUGUAAAAGAGAAGCUCCUGGCCCAGGGAAUCAUACCAGCUCUGGCCAACUGUAUAGAGAACCAGAGACAUAACCUUGCGGUGGUGGAAGCUGUGGGAUUCACCCUCUCUCAGUUUCUCCAGGCUAAAGAUGCAGCAGAGAAAAUAAUCCCGAUGGUCCUUGCUUCCAGCUUACCAUCAAACUUGUUAUUACUCCUGACUCCUGAUCCAAAGUUUGGCCUGGCACCUGCCAUUGAGUGUGCGUGGUGUCUUCACUACCUCACAUGCAGCAUGAAGGACAACAGAGUGCUGUUGGCUCAUGGGGCCUUGUUGCAGUGCAGUUCCCUGUUAGUGUCACUGGGUGGUGCUGUGGCUGAAGGAAACAAAGAGGAAGGACUUGAGCUGUUCAUCUGUCCUCUCCUGAGGUGCGUGGGAAACCUUCUGUCCUCCUGUCCAGUGAAAGAAAUGGGCACUCAAGUGGGUGACGUUCGUAUCGCAGUUGCUCUAUGUGCAUUUCUUCAGGCCUACCUGCAUACCGAGCCAGCGUUGGCUAGAGAGAGUGCCUGGGUCCUCAACAACCUCACAGCUCACUCCAGUGCUUUCUGCUCUGCUCUGCUGACUCUCAACUUGGUCCCUGGACUGAUCCAGCUCCUCCCUUUUUCUCAAGGCAUCAAUACCAUGAUCAUGAGGAUUCUAGCAAAUAUUGCCCACAAGAAAAAGGAGUUCUGUGCUCAGCUGGCGCAUCUUGGAUUGCUGUCUGCACUCUGUGCCACACUUAAAAUGGCCGACCAAGAGAUGGUGACCUUGAGUAUGGAUGUCCUUUACAUGCUGGUAGUUAGUGGUCCACAGGUGGCAGAGGAGUUUCUGAGGCAAGGCGGUCUUUCACUGUUAGAAGCCAUUCAGUACAACAGUGAAGGAGAGAUAAGAAGAAGAGCAACACACCUCCUGGAGGAACACCUGCUGUCCUACUCAUCUCAUUGCUCGGACAACAACCCAUGUUCUUGAGGCAAUCCGGAGGCAUCAAACUUAGACCCAUUCGUGCGGUGUGUCACCACUACCAUGAGGACACACUUGAGAGUACUGGACUGCUUGUUUACUUUUUGCAAUCUGUCAUAAUGUACAAACAAUGUUGUAAAAUUUAAAGUAAUUUUUAAUACCUUUUGAAUAUGAUCUACUGGUAUCUCCAGUUUUCUUAUGUAUGCUAGUUUAAUGUAUGUAAAGAUGAGAUAUUAUAUUUUUAAUACCUGAGACCUUUAGACGCAUAUUGCAUAUUGUGCCACCAUCACUUGAGAGACGGUAGUAGACUGAUGUAUUUUUGCUCAUCAAAGUCUCUCAUGUGAAACUGGAACACCUCAAGUCUGUACAGACGAUGGGUUUAUAUGACCGCCUGUAAGUAUGUAGAAUCAUGAUGCAAAAGCACCCGUUUUUUUUGGUUUUGUGAUUGUGGCGGAUUUUAGAAGUAUUGUGCAUUGCAAAUAAUGCAUUGCCAGUAAAAAACUGUGUUUUCAUGAAAUAAAUACUAAAUGAAU